GACCUUAUUAUGUGCAUUUCCACCAAUACGAAACCUUCUGAAGGGAGAUCCUAACAUCCGCCAGCUGUAAGUCAUCCGAAAGAGACACGUCUAGGCCAGCUCAAUUUUUUUGGAUUGUUUGGUGCAGUGGUCAAAUAUCUGCGUUGGAGCUCGGAACUUGUUGGUACUUUCGACUAUUUAAAGUGAUAUGCUGUCCUUGGUAUCAUAGAAAUCAUCAUCAACCUACAAUCGGAUUCCGAUCGUAAUAAUCUCUCGCAGAUUUAGAAUACCAUUUCUUUCCACUACCUUCCUAUUAUUACUACGCCUAAUUGACUUCCCAGCAACAAUGCUCUCAUCCCGUGUCAAGGACUACAUUCACAAGAAAGAUGUUAAAUCCGGCGACCUAGAUGGUUAUAAACGCAUAACGACCAAGACGGUAACAGUGACUUCCGGUGGGAAGGAGAAAGAAGAAUCUCUGGAAGUAUACGAAAAUAGCCAAGGACUGCUUAAGCAGGUUCUAAUAGGAUCCACUCGUUCGAGCAGGAGCAAGACAGAGAGAUCAGACCAGCGUCAUUCGGGCGGUCAUCAUGUCUCCUAUGAAAGAAGUACUACCACUACAACGGGAGGGCAAGAGAGACGGCCUCUUAUUAACUUUGCUAUGAAUCAAACUAUUGUUGUCAACAACGGUACUGUAAGCUCAGGCCAUAGGAGACAUCACAGACACAGGGAUGGCCAUCGAGAGAGAGAUCAUGAAGAUAAAGAUCGAAAAAUACAUCGUUCUGGUGAUAGGGAUCAUCGAUUUAAGGAAGAUUCCGUUCGCAGUAGGGAUCAUAAAGAUAGAAAUUACCUCCCUGAAGACAGUGACAGAGAGGAUCAAGAGAGACGCAAAAGAGAUCGUCAAGAAUCUAAAUCUAGCAAUGGCAAAGCGCCAUAUCGUGAGAGGUCGACGACCAGAGAAUCUGGUCGCUCGCAUCGUGACAAAGAAAGCAGGUCUAAGUAUGAUUCGGGGUCUGAGGAUCCUCGGAGAAAGCCUUUCAACGAUUCAGAUAGUAUCGCACCUUUUGACAGGCUAGGUUCUUUCAGGCUAGGUUCUUUAAGAGAGGGUUCUUUAAGAGGGGCUGAUGGUUUUAUAAGAGGGGUUCUGUAAGAGGGAUGAGGGUUUUGUAAGAGGGGUUGAGGGUUCCGUAAGAGG